UGUCGAUUUAGAUGUCGUGUAAAGACCGAUGACGGUGAUAACUGUAAUGUGUAUCUCGGAUUCAAAUCAAUGAGGAAAGGCUUUCCAAAACUGAUAACUGUCUCUUCCUUGCGACAGGCAGCGAAGCCUUUGGAUAUUUCGGGCUGGGAUCUUUUUAACAGGCAAAGAACGUCUGACUCUUUGGACGUUUGAUACAUCUACUCUCUCUCUAUAUUAUGCCUGGAUUAUAAAAGAGAAAACAUCGCUGGAAGAUGAGUGAACGCGUGGCCCAGCUGUCAGCCAAGACGCGCACGACGUCGCCACCGUCGUAUGCUGUCCGAACGGGCGACUCCCUGAAAGACCUCCCACCCAUAGACUGUGUCUCUCGCAGUGUCUACACCAACACGUCCUCCCACCGGCUCCGGGCGGCCACAGCCUCCAGGACGGUCGCCCGUCGUAAGAGGGAUUUGGUGGAUGAGAAUAAACGGCUCCAGGCGGACAGGCCGAACAGUUCCGUGUCGCAGAAGAACUCCUCCAUGAGUGGAUCAGAGUUGAAUAUCAAUGAUAGUGAUCUUUACGAAUCAGAUGAAGACAGUGAUACAGAAGACCACACAGACGACAACACGAAGAUCUAUCUUGGGGCGUGUCGUCUUUUUGGCAUCACACCAUCCACCACCUACCUGAAGAACCUCACCCAAUGUCGUCUGGUGUUGAAGAACCACCCUCUCGGGCCAAAAGGAGCCAAGGCCAUCGCUGUCGCUCUGACGACGAAUCUCCAUAUCCAGAAUUUGGAUCUGGAGGGUAAUAACAUUGGUCCCGAGGGGGCAGAAUACAUAGCAGACAUGUUGAAGGAGAAUCUCUACAUCACCAGUGUGGCAAUCGCCGAAAAUAACAUCGGUGGGCGCGGUGCCGAGUUGGUCGCCGGAAUGAUGCACGGGAACAACGUCAUACUGAGCCUGGACAUCUCGGGGAACAAUCUGGAUGAGAGGGACGCAGUCCAUGUGGCAGAUAUAUUACAGAAUAAUCGGCAUCUCCAAGAGCUCAAUGUCAGCUAUAACCGGUUUGGGGAAAAGGGAGGCCAAAUCAUCGGGCCAGCCAUUGGUGAAAAUGUCACGUUGACGUCAUUAUCUCUCAAAUGGAACCAUUUGAGACAAAGAGGUGCUAUUGCGGUUGCGGAAGGGAUACGUGAGAACAUUGCGCUCGAGAAGGUGGAUCUCUCCUGGAAUGGGUUUGGCGUGGAGGGUGCCAAGGCAAUGAGUGAAGCCCUGAAGGACAACGAGAUAAUCCUCGAACUCGAUCUAUCUGCCAACAGAAUCGUGGACGAUGCCCUCAAACAGCUCAUGAAAGGUGCCUUGAAAAACACCAGCUUAUUUACACUCAAGGUUGGUAACAACCCCAUAUCAGUGAAGGGAUCUCUGGAACUGAUUAAAAUGUUAUACGAAGUAGACAGCUGUCCGAUUCAGGAGCUAGACAUCGUGAAUAUUCCAAUAGACGGCCAGUUCAGUGAUCUCUUGGAUAAGAUCCAAUCUCGCCGGAUCCUGCAGGUAUCUCCAGGUAUAUCGACAAGACGGGCGCGCUUACCAAGCAUCAGGAAGUUCUCCAUCUUUGACCUCGAUGACCCAAUGAUGGUGUUGUUCGAAUACAUGAAACAACAACAAUUCAGACUCAUCGAUCUCUUCCAUACCCUCGAUGAUGAUGACAGCAGAAGUUUGACCAAGGAAGAAUUCAGAGACGGUUUACUGAAAGUCAACAUUCCAAUGAGCGAACGCGCCCUUGAUCGUCUGAUGGAACAACUGGAUGAAGAUGAUGAUGGGGAAAUCACCUAUGGUGAACUGAUGAAGGGUAAGCGCAAAUUGAACAGGAAGGUCACCACCAUGCUGAAGCCGCCGGGCGCGCACAGGCGGGCAACCUUAAGUGCGAAGGAUAAGGCGGAGCUGGGGCGGCUAACAGCCAAGGUCAAGGCCUUUCUGCAGAUGAAGAGGGACCAAGCUAAGAAUGAGAUGAGAGAGAAGAAAACAGCGAAAAGAAUUUUGUCAAAUGGAUUCAUCAGUGCUACCUUUCAAAUUGGGAAAAAAUGAUCCCUUAAAAUCAAAUACCCUUUUACGUACUGAACACUUUUCACAACCCUUGCGAACAGCUACGAAGUACGAAGUGUGUAGAUGUAUUUUAUCGAUGCCGUUUAUUAAAGAGUUAUGAGUUUCUCCCCCUACUAAAGUUUAAAAGCCGAUUUUACGCUUGUCGCGUAAAAAAAUUCGCGCAGGACUUGAUGACACCACAGACCUUCGUUCUUCGUCGUUUUUGAGGCUUGCGAAACCAGCCAUUUGCGACAUUGUCGGAGAUAUAGAAAUAAACUUUUCCUGAAGGGUCCCUAGCUAUGUUGUGACUUUGUCCGCCUACCAUGUUGUGAUAUUGUCCAUGAUGCGAUAUUGCGCAAUGUCGUGAUAUUGUCUUCAGGGAAAGAUUCGACAGCAGUGUCCUGUAUGGUUGUCCGGGUUAGACGGUAAUAAAGUACAUAUAAAGAAAGGAUGGUUCGUGUUAAAACUACGUCUGCUGUGUGCAGACUGAACAUCAGCGAAUUACGACAAUGUCAGUGGACUGGCAUUCGAAUGAUUGUCUCGUGCAAGGAACAAACGGAUUGAGAAGAAACAGGUCGUACCUCAUUCACCGCCUUAACCCUUCCUGCUUUGUUGACGUCCUGGUUGACUCUGUACGUAGUGGUCGUCUCGACGAUCAGUAUCGAUGGUUGUUCUCUAGUGGACCGUUCUGCAAAAUAGAAACUGAUGUACA